CUUCUGCUCCAUCAGAUCAUCUUCUAUGAGGACAGAAACUUUGGAGGCCAUCAUUAUGAGUGCAUGAGCGACUGUGCUGACCUGCACUCAAUGUUUGACCACUGCCGCUCCAUACGCGUGGAGAGCGGCAUGUUCAUGAUCUACGACCGACCCGGUUUCAUGGGGAACCAGUACUUCAUGAGAACGGGAGAGUAUUCCGACUACAUGGGCAUGACCGGCAUGAAUGACUGUGUCCGGUCAUGCCUCAUGAUCCCCUUUCACAGUGGCAGCUUCAGGAUGCAGCUGUACGAGCACUUCGACAUGGAUGGUGAGAUGAUGGAGCUAACAGAUGACUGCCCAAACCUCAUGGGUCGCUUUCACCUCGCCAACUUCAACUCCUGCAACAUCCUGGACGGCCACUGGCUGGUAUACGAGCAACCCAACUACAGGGGGCGCCACUACUACUUGAGGCCCGGCCAGUAUAAGAGCUUUAGUGAAUGGAAAGGCGCAAACUCCAGGAUUGGCUCCAUCAGACGUCUGAUGGAUCUCUAA